AAAAUGCGUUUCUUCGACUGUCCGCUGAUACUUUGACACACUUCCAGAGAUCAGACUGCAGCAAGUACAGUGGUUCUCGUCCAGUUCUAAUCAUGUCGGAGUCCAUCAAGAACAUCGCGAUAUUUGGAGCAACGGGAAUGACCGGGCUGGCCACGCUGCCCAUAGCGGUGGCUGCAGGAUACAACGUGACUGUGUUGGUGAGGGAUGCCUCUAAGUUACCUGCUGACCACAAGGCUGCCAGAGUGGUGGUGGGUGAUGUCCUAAAUAAAGACGACGUGAAGAAGACUCUGGAAGGCCAGGACGCCGUCAUCAUCAUCCUGGGAACCAGGAGUGACCUUAGCCCAACCACCAUGAUGUCUGAAGGCACCAAGAACAUCGUGGAUGCAAUGAAGGCACGAGGGAUCCGUAAAGUGAUUGGCUGCAUGUCAGCUUUCCUCCUGUGGGCUCGCUCCAAAGUCCCGCCUCGUCUGAUUCCAGUGACGGAGGAUCACGAUCGCAUGUACACAGUGCUGAAAACAUCUGGGCUCGACUAUGUGGCUGUUAUGCCUCCUCACAUUGCUGGUGACCUUCCUCUGACUGAGCGCUACGUGGUGACAGAAAAUAUGCUGAAAGGACGAGCCAUCUCCAAGCACGAUCUGGGACACUUCUUUGUCAAGUGUCUGUCCACAUCAGAGUGGGAUGGAAAGACUGUGGGAGUCUGUGGAGAGUACAAAUAAUGAAGAUGCUUCCAUUUAUUUUUUGUCUAUGUAUAACCAAAAA